GAACAGAUCUCCAUAAGAACAUCUCCGAGAUCUCCCAUCAGUUUUAGAUUUUAUUUUAUUUUAUUUUAUUGCGUAAAAUUCUCUUUAAAUAUAAUCUUUGUGCCUUGAGAAUUUCUUCAUCUCGUUUGGUAUUUUCUUGUCAUUUGGCAGAAUCAAAGAGUCAAGCACCUUCAAACAUUCCCCCGAAACCUAAAAACCAAAACAACUUGAAUAUAUCUUCUUCUUCUUCUUCUUCUUCUUCGUCCAAACCCUAUAACUUAUACUUUUGUUUGUAUACUGUGUUUCUCUAAUUAAAUCUCCUGCGGAUCUUCUUUGUUUUCUUGCAAGAUUUUUUUUUAUAAAAAAACCAAGCUCUUGUCUUUUCUUCUUCAGUGUCCUGAAACCGCGCGCAACAAAACAGCAGCUAAAAAAUAUGCAGAUGAUUCCAGGAGAUCCGUUUUCUUUAUCUUCUUCAAUGGCAGGCUUUGCUCAUCACCAGGAGCCACAGCUUCAUCAUCUUCAGCAGCAGAACCCUGACCUUAAUCCUAACCCUAACCCUAAUCUCAACCCUAACCCAAAUGCAAAACCAAACCCUUCAUCCAAGAAGAAGAGAAAUCAACCAGGUACUCCAGAUCCGGAUGCAGAAGUCAUCGCUCUGUCGCCGAAAACCCUAAUGGCGACAAACAGAUUUGUGUGCGAGAUAUGCAACAAAGGGUUCCAGAGAGACCAGAACUUGCAGCUCCACCGACGCGGACACAACUUGCCGUGGAAGUUACGGCAGAGGACGAACAAAGAGGCGGUGAGGAAGAAAGUGUACAUAUGUCCGAUCAAGACAUGCGUCCAUCACGACCCUUCCAGGGCUCUCGGAGAUCUGACCGGAAUCAAGAAGCAUUACAGCAGAAAACACGGCGAGAAGAAGUGGAAAUGCGAGAAAUGCUCCAAGAAAUACGCCGUACAAUCGGACUGGAAGGCUCAUACCAAGACCUGUGGCACUCGUGAAUACAAAUGUGACUGUGGCACUUUGUUCUCCAGGAAAGAUAGUUUCAUUACACAUAGAGCAUUCUGCGAUGCCUUGACUGAAGAAAGUGCGAGGAUGUCUUCACUUGGAAACAACAAUUCGGGUUCCACAAAUCUGAAUUUCGGAAAUGAUUCCAACAACAACAAUAAUAAUAUGAACAGUGUGCCCCAUGGAUUCAUCAACAGAUCUGUUCAUCAUCCCGACAUUAGUUCUGCCAUAAAUCAUCAGUUCGGUUUAGGUUUUGGACAUGAUCUUACCGGAAUGCAUGCCCAUGGUUUAUCCGAGAUGGUCCAAAUGAGCUCGGCCGGUAACCACCAUCUCUUCCCGCCGCCGCCGUCGUCGUCAUCAUCCAUUCCUGAAUUCGCCGGCCACCACCACCACUUCCAGAUUCCGGCGACUUCCACAAACCCUAAUCUCACGUUAUCAUCAUCAAGCUCUGCUUCACUACCGGUACUGCAAAACCAACAAACCCUAAAAGACGCAUCUCCGUCUCCGCUCUUCUCCUCGUCGGACAAACAACAACCGAACAAGCCCAUCUCUCCCAUGUCCGCAACCGCUCUCUUGCAGAAAGCCGCUCAGAUGGGCUCCACCAGAAGCACCGCCACCGCAGCUCCGUCGUUCUUUGCCGGAUCUAUGACGUCAUCAUCCGCGGCUUCUCCUUCUUCUUCAUCUCCUCCUCCUCCUCCUCGAAACCCUAUCAUGAUCCACCACCAAAUGUUCAACCCUAACCCUAGGAGCAUCAAUCAUCAAGAGCAUCACAAUCUUGCCCCUCCUCCUCCGCCGCCGAAUAUGUCGACGGCGACGAGCUAUGCAGCCGCCGCCGCACCGAAUCCAAAUCCUGGUUAUUACCCGAUUCAACAGAUGGGUAUGACCCGGGAUUUCCUCGGAGUGAGCAGCGAACAUCAUCUUCAUCAUCAAAUGGGUCGUCAGUUCUUGCCUCAAGAACUGACGAGGUUUGCUCCAUUGGGUUGAAAUUCGAGAAUGGAUAUAAUUGGUAUAAAAUUAUCAAGAUGUGUUUUGGAUCGGAGUGAAGAAGAAGAGAUCGACACUGGACAAGUAUUUCUUGGAUUUUAGGGACUGUCGGAUUUGUGAAAAGACAUGCGAAUUGGUCGGACGGUGGGGACGAAGUGACAAGACCGGAAUCGUUUUGCACUAUGCGCUAUUACACUGUCAUGUGUUUGUGUAUAUGUUCAUAUUCCCAGACAUGCAUGUGGUUUUGUAUAUGUUCUUUUUCCCCCCUUCUAUAAUGAAUUUCUAAGACUUUUUGGUCUGUCUGUUAUUUGGAUUUUGAAUUUUUCCGUGAAUGUGAAAACCUCAAAAUA